AUGGACACAACAACCCAACCCCCACCUCCACCUCCCACGACAACUACUACAACAGCAACAACAACAACUACAACAACAACAACAACUACUACAACUACAACAACGCAAUUCGACUCCUUAAUCCCUCCACCCAAAACCGCACUCUCCUUAUUGUCUCGAUCCAUCCAAACACAGCAAACCAAACCAAGAUAUCCCACCGGCUGUGCAGAGUUUGAUCAAAAUGUCUUGUUGGGCGGGCUGGAUGGUGGUUCGGUGGUGGGGAUAAGUUCGGAGGAUGACGACUUCUCUCUUGCUCUCGCAUUACAAACCAUCGCCGUCGCCCUCACACAAGCGGCCCACGAGAAAACGGCCUUGAUAGUGACCACCCUGCCAGUCCAAAGCCUGCUCCCGAAGCUGCGACAAGUGCUGGCAGAGCAGCUCUCAAGAAUUGGCGGGGCCGUCGACCUCGGCUCCAAAGUCAAAGAGCGUCUCUCCCUCGUUUCCAUCUCCCGCAUCUUUGACCUCCACGGUCUGGUCGAAGUCCUCGGUGAACUUUCUCUUCGCCAAGGCGGCGGGGGGGGAACGCCUGAUGCCGUCCUGGUCAUGGGCACGGCAGCCCUGAUCAGCAGCCUUUUCACCUCCAAGUCGACCGAUAAAGCUGCCGCUCAUGGGUUCGUGGCCAAUCUCGCUGUCCAGCUGGGCAGGGUUGCGAGGGGAGGACUGCUGGUGAUACUGCUCAACUCUGCUACCGCGUUGCACAACGACGGCGUGCCCCUACCCCCGGCAGCCGAGACCGGCGGGGGGGAGAGGAAGCUGGAGGUCGGGGGGUUGACGUCUAUUUUUUGGACGGGGGGAGCAGGACAGCAACACGGGAGGAAGAGUGACAGCAGGCCGGCGUGGGGACAGGUUUUUGGGAGGUUGGUGGGGGUGCAUUUGUUCUGUACGAGGCGUGAUGUUGGGUGGGUGGUCGAGGUGCUACGGGACGAGAUUGGGGUUUUUGAAAGAGAGACAGAUGAAAAGGGGGAGGGCGAGGUCUGGGUGAGGAGGAACAGGGAGCAGAGGUGGGGGAUUUUGAAGGGGGGCGACGGGGGGGUGGUGGUUGAUGUUGUGAUUUGAGGUGUAACUACCCUUGUGGCGUUUAUUUUUGUUACAGAAGCUGUGGUCAGAAUACCGCAGCUAGAACAAUCUUGCUAUACAUGUCAUGAAAUCAAAAGUAUCCUGCCGCUCGAGCGAGUGUCCUGUUUUACCACGAGCGGGGGUGGUCUUCAUCCCCAAACCUCCUCGCAUAUCCCAAAAUCCCGACCCAGAUCCAACUGCAAUCCUUUCUCUACAAAUCCCCGGCCUCGUCCCUGUCCACAUACCUCUCCAGCCUAGCCUUCAACUCCUCAACCUCAAUAUCCUUGUCGUCAUCCUCCCCAGCAUGUCCGUGAUGCCCAUGAGGCGGAAUCAAAACCUUCCCCACCACUUGCACAACACCAUCGCUGGCAAUCCCGUCCUGGAAGAUCACCUUGGUGAACCCAUUCAGCACAAUACUGACCCACCCCUUCCACCUCUUGACGUCAACCGCGAUUGCCUUGUCGUCCAGCAGCGUCUCCAGAUCCACAUGCCAAUACUUUCCGCCCUCUGCAUCUUCCACAGCAGCCUUCUCGUCCUUGUGACUAUUGUAAAAGGCAUCGCUGUAGAGGGUCUGGUCGACGACAAAGUGGUACUUGAGCAGUGCCUCGAGGUACUUCAACCCGUGCUGGGAGAACAAGAAGGCGUUGGCGCGGGGGCCGAGGCGUCGCCAGGCCGAGUUGGUUGGCGCGAAAAGGGUGCCGCCUUUGUGGUCUGGGACGGAGAGUUCGGUCUUUUCCAGACCGAGGGAGAAGGUGCUGAAGGUGUUGGGCAGCAGGGAGAUGAUCUUCUCCUGGGAAGGGGGUGGGAUGAGGAUGUGGUCAAUGGCGUGGAUGAUGCCGUUUUUGGCGAGGAUGUUGCCGUAGACGAUCUUGGAGAUGACGUUGACCCUGAUGGAGAACAGCAGCCCGGUUGAGAUCCUCAGCCGCUGCGGGCGGGAGCCGAGGCUGUCGAGCGACAGAUUGGAGGGGAGGGUGUGCUUGUGGUAAAGAUCGACCUUGGUGUGCAGGCCGGGGGCGAUGUGGUAUUUCAACAGGGCCAGAACGAACUCCUUGGGGGGAGGCUUGUCGCCAUGGUGGGGGAUGCGCUCAAAGGCUUUGUCGGUAGGGACGAAAAGGGUCUUGUUGUGGGAGGUGGAGUCGAGGAGGUCCUUGAUGUCGGAGAAGUCAUCGUUGUCAAGGAGGGAGGCGAACUUGGUGGUGUACUUGUUGGAUUUUAUCAACUCGUAGAUGGUCUUGGUCUUGUCGCCACGGUGGGGCUUACGCUCGUGAAGAGGCAGAGGAGGUAAGUUGCUGUCACUGUUGAAGCCGUCGAAGCCGUCGAAGGAGUAGCCGUCGAAUUCGCUGGUGGCCUUUUCGAUGCCUUUCUCGAUCUUGGUAAAGAUCUUGGCCGAGCGGGAGACGGUGGAAUCCCACCAGGUUUGUACCAAAUCUGGAGAGACGGCGGGUUGUUGCUCGUCAAGCUUAAUUGCCUGAUCAGGGGCAACCAGAGCGGCUGCGGUAGCCGCAAAGAAAACGGUUAGAUGCUUCAUGGUCACCAAGCCCCAGAGCGAGACUAUUCCGGAUCAGUUUUCAAAGACGAGAACUAGACCUCCAGGGAAACUAGGCUCCCCAACUCAGGUUUCCUUCUCAGGUUCCUUCUCAGACUUGUUAUACCUGAUGGUGGGACGCGCGGACAUACAGGCAUCCCAUCUCCCCAUAACCCCCAAUAACGGCGUCAUCUGUCGAUUCGCCUCAACUGAUUGGCUGCCCACCCCGCAGUUUGAAUCGAGCCGUUUCGAUCCGUCCUCAUCGGGAUGCUUUGUUCAAGCUUCCUCAAUCGUUAGACCAAACCUUGUAAAGGUCCAUUUCAUGUUCCGCGUAUUGCUUAUUUGUAUGGCGAACUGUUGGGCAACUGCGUCAUUGUCUUGUAACCGAACUUGCUCUCAUUCCGCCAACGGAAC